AUGGCCGAUAACCCAGAUGUCCCAAAUACCCAAAAGGCCUUUGUGCCCCUCGAAAACAACCCAGAAGUGAUGUCCCACCUAGUCCACCAACUAGGCCUCCCCCAAACAAUCGGCUUCACAGACGUCUUCUCCAUCGACGAGCCAGACCUCCUAGCCUUCGUCCCCCGCCCCUCCAACGCCCUCCUUCUCGUCUUCCCCGUCUCAGCCACUUACGAGCGUUCCCGCACAACAGAAGACAGCUCCCUCCCCGAAUACACGGGUUCCGGUCCCGCAGAGCCAGUAACAUGGUUCAAACAAACAAUUCGUAACGCCUGCGGCCUGAUCGGCCUCUUACACGCCGUCUCUAACGGGGAGAGCAAGAAACACAUCACGCCUGGCUCAGACCUGGACCAGCUCCUCCGUGACGCGCAGAACCUGGCGCCAGCCCAGCGUGCGGAUCUUCUAUACGAGAGUAAGGCACUGGAGAGCGCCCACGCGGAUGCGGCUAGGUUGGGCGAUACUGCGGCGCCGGAGGCGGAAGAUAGUGUUGACUUGCACUUUGUUGCGUUUGUUAGGGGGGAUGAUGGGACUUUGUGGGAGCUUGAUGGGCGGCGGAAGGGUCCGCUUGCGAGGGGGAAAUUGGCGGAUGAUGAGGAUGCGUUGAGUGAGGCUGCGCUGGCGUUGGGAGUGCGUCGAUUCUUAAGCACUGAGGCUGAGGGGGGGCAAUCCUGA